UUUAAACUCAAAAUAAUAUAAAAACACCAACACUGUUCUAAAACAAAAACAAAAAAACAAUAUUAUUAUCUCAGCUGAGUCCCAAUUCCCCAACAUUGGGUUUCUCUCUUCGCUUUGAAAAUAGCUAAUGGGCCAUUUAGUUCAAGAGACCCGUUUAGUUGGAAUCGCAUGAUGUCAUUUCAAUCCAACGGCUGAGAUUCAUUCUAUACCAACAAGGAUAAUCUGAAGGAGUGAUGAGAAUUAACGAAAGCAAAGAAAUCUGGAUUUUUACUCUUCUGCAUCCGUCGAGAAAGCUAAACUGGGUUUUAGUUUGAUCCACCAACUUGAUCGAUCCUUCUGAUUUCGCUAAGAUAAUCGGCGUUUGGUGAGCUGAUCGAUCCGAUCUAGGAGAAAAAUGGGAGGAGCCGAGCAUGGAGGAGAAGGUGGCGAUUUCAGAGCCAAAGUUUGGAGUAUGUCUGGUGGGCCUUACUGUAGGCCCAAGCAUUGGCGUCGGAACACCGCCAUUGCCAUGUUUGGAGUUUUCCUUGUCUGCAUUCCCAUCGCCAUGAAGUCUGCUGAGCUCGAGCAAAGGCCACACAUGCCGGUGCGCCCAAUUCCUUCACAGAUAUGGUGCAAGAACUUUGGAACCAAGGACGAUUACGAAAAGGAGCAUUAAGUUUAUUAAGCUUUUCAAUUUUCACAGAACUGACCAUGAUAAUAAUAUGUUUUUGCCUUGCCAUGUUCAACACAUGGAAUAUUCCUCUUUUAAUUUUAUUGUUUUAACGAUAUUCUUACUUCUAAAAAACGUUUUGCACGCUUUGUUUAUCAUGUCGUUCUCAAAAUUUUGGGACUUAACA